CACGGAGGCGCGGCUGGAUUAGGGAGUGUUACUAUUGGGUUCCAGAGAGAUCGUGAUGGGGACGGUUUCGCUUUCUACUCAGGUUUCGCUUUCUGCUCGUUCCAUUUAGAGAACGUAUCACUGGGAGCCUGAAGGGUAGAGGUUGUGCUCUGCCCUCUAUUGGGCUGAGGUGAGAUCUAACAAGUGGUGAAGUGCUUCUCGGCCAGAGGGCACGAGAGGCCUGAGGUCUCCGCGGCCGGAGUCGGAGAAGAACUCGACUCGCGGGCGAAAUCAGCUAGUUAACGGAGUGGCAGAGCGCCACCCUCAGGUGUGGCGGGCGGCGUGGAAAACCCUGUGGAGUCCGCGUUGCCAACUCGGAUUCCUCGACGAUUCCUUUAGCCAGGGAUUGGGAGGAUCUGGGAGCGCCGCCGGGCCCUCGAUGGCCUGAGCAGGGACCGCGCGCCUGCCGGUGCAGCUUCCCCUUUCCAUGCUCUGUCACUCGCGGUCCGGGACUGGAGGAGCCGCGAGCGCCCUGAGCUAGCAAUCCCUGGUUCAUUCUGUAUCUCCUGGUUAUUCCUAAGCAGCUGGGAGGGAACCUGAAGCUGCAGAGGGAACUGCAAGAAAUGGACUGCAGUGUAAGCUCCAGAGGCCAACUUGAAGCUUUAACCAUUGACCCAUUAGUUGAUGCAAAAAGUUUCUGGAUGGAGCUAGAAGAUGAUGGAAAAGUGGACUUCAUAUUUGAAAAAGUACAAAAUGUGCUGCAGUCACUGAAACAAAAGAUCAAAGAUGGGUCUGCCACAAAUAAAGAGUAUAUCCAGGCAAUGAUUCUAGUGAAUGAUGCAACUAUUAGUAAAAAUUCAACAUUGAAAAAAUAUCAUAUAACUGUGACUCCAAGAGAACAGGAAAACAAGUCAAAUGUAUUCCCUUCUACAUCAUCUGAAGACUCCUUUCCAAAAGGCUUUACAUUUCUAAAUAUAGAAAAUAAGAAAAAUCUCCCUCUGGAUAAUAAAGUUGUAGAAUGUAGAGGAAAAAGAUCACCCAUGAAUUUAUCUUACCAAAGUCAUCAUUGUUCUUGUGCCUGUCUGAUGAAAAUGCCAUCAACCACCAAGGCAGAAAACCCUCUGCAAUUACCAAUCAGAUGUCACUUCCAAAGACGACAUGCAAAGACAAACACUCACUCUUCAGCACUUCAUGUGAAUUAUAAAGCUCCUUGUGGAAGAAGUCUGCGAAACAUAGAGGAAGUCUUUCGUUACCUGCUUGAGACAGAGUGCAGCUUUUUAUUUACAGAUAACUUUUCCUUUAAUACCUAUGUUCAGCUGACUCGGAAUUACCAAAAGCAAGAAGAAAUUGUUUCUGAUGUAGAUAUUAGCAAGGGACUAGAAUUGGUACCCAUUUCUUUCUGUAAUGAAAUUGACAAUCGAAAGCUUCCACAGUUUAAGUACAGAAAGACUAUGUGGCCACCAGCAUAUUAUCUAAACAAUUUUUCCAGCAUGUUUACUGAUUCCUGUGACUGUUCUGAGGGCUGCAUAGACAUAACAAAAUGUGCAUGUCUUCAGCUGACAGCAAGAAAUGCCAAAACUUCCCCCCUGUCAAGUGAUAAAAUAACUACUGGAUAUAAGUAUAAAAGACUACAGAGACAGAUACCUACCGGCAUUUAUGAAUGUAGCCUGUUGUGCAAGUGUAAUCGACAAAUGUGCCAAAAUCGAGUUGUCCAACAUGGUCCUCAAGUAAGACUACAGGUGUUCAAAACUGAGAAGAAAGGAUGGGGUGUACGCUGCCUAGAUGAUGUUGACAGAGGUACAUUUGUUUGCAUUUAUUCAGGAAGGUUGUUGAACAGAGCUAACCCCAAGAAACCUAAUGCAGUUGAUAAAAAUGGAAAAGAAGAGACUAUUAUGAAAAAUAUAUUUUCAAAAAAGAGGAAAAUAGAAGUUACACAUUCAGAUUGUGAGGCUGAAGUUACCCCAUUAGAACUGGAAACACAUCUUAGAAGUGCUAAAACUGAGGACUGUCCACUUAAGUCUAGUAAUAAUCCAGAAGAGCUCGUGAUGAAAAUGAGUUGUCACAAUAUUUCAAGAAUUCAGUAUCAUUCAGUUAGAAGUCCUAGAUCCAAGACAGUCAUUUUUCAACAGAGUGGAAAACAGAAGGAACUUACUUCCUUGGAUUCUGUCACCUCUGGAGAAAACAAUGGAUUACUGAAUUGUAAAGCCAGGAGGAAACAAAAGGACUCAAGUUCAAACCAAGUUGGCGAUUUUAAAGACCUUCAGCUGCAUGAAUCAGAUGUGAUAGAUAUAACUAAAUGUGAAGAAGAAAGUCCACCAGGGGAUAGAUGUAACCCAGCAACCACAGCUGACAGUGAAAAUAUUGAAAAAGACUUUGAGGUUCAAAUAAAAACACCCCAAGAAGAAAAAUCUCCAGCACGUCAAAAGCAGUGGGCCUUGUCUAAUGAUGAGUUGCUAAGUGAAAUAAAGAAUACUUCAUCUACUUCUCCAGUGAAGUCCAGUGAAAGCAACAUGUUUUUACUGGAUGCCACAAAAGAAGGAAAUGUGGGCCGCUUUCUCAAUCAUAGUUGUUGUCCAAAUCUCUGGGUACAGAAUGUUUUUGUAGAAACACAUGACAGGAAUUUCCCAUUGGUGGCAUUCUUCACCAACAGGUAUGUGAGAGCACGGACAGAACUAACAUGGGAUUACGGUUAUGAAGCUGGGACUGUGCCUAACAAGGAAAUCCUCUGCCAGUGUGGCGCUAAUAAGUGUAGGAAAAAAAUACUGUAAUUAUGUUCCUAAUGCCCGUCUUGAAAUUAGUGUUGUAGGCUGAAAUCAGAGCCAUACAAAAGAACUCUUAAUUAUUAGUAGAAUUUCGGUGGUGUCCACCAAGGUAAUUCCUCUGUUCACCCUGUUCAAGGGUUUUCUAUUUCCUGACUUUUUGUUUUUGUGGUGUAGAAAUGUCAAGAACAAAAUAAGGACAUUUUCAGACACAUCAGGUAGCUCUUGUUUUUAUUGUUGUUCAACUUUACAUGAAUAAAAGUGUAUUUUAUAUGAAAUUACACUAUACAAUUGGUAAUUUAUUUGUAAAUUAUAUAUUUAGAAAACUGAAGGUCACAAUAGAAUUUAGCUGUUUUUAAAGUUCCUUCAGGUUUCUAUUCCUUUUUGUAUUUAAGGAAAAACUGAAAGAAAAUUCAUUUCAAAAAGUGUGAUAGAAAUUUACUCAACAGUUUCUUUGCCCCACUUAGAUAGCUGAUGGGACAUUGUUUCAUGAAAAAGAUAUAACUUCAGAUGUUGAAAUAUUUGGGAUAUAGCUAGGCAUGGUGGCACACUUAAGAGGCUGAAGCAAGAGGAUCACCAUGUGGUCAAAGUCAGUCUGUACUCGGUAGUGAGACCCUGUCUCAAAAAAAAAGGAAAGAAAGAAAAAGAUUGGGGAAGAUAAGAUAUUUGCUUAGCAAGUAUGAAGCCCUGGGUUCAAUCUCCAGCACCACAAAAAACAAAACUAAACUAAAAACAAACAAACAAAAAAACUUUGGAAGUUAUGUGCACAAAAACUAAUUUAUAGGAUUUUCUCUGUCACAGUGUUCUGGUCCUUUUACUGGGUGUCUGGUGAGAGCUUGCAGUCUGAAAACUUAAGUCCUUCAGUACAGGAAAAUUGUCUCAAACUAUUUCUAUAAGGAUUUCUCAUUAAGAGAAGACUAUAGAAUUCCUGUUACGUAAAUAAUGUAUUCCUGCAGGACUGGUUCUCUCAUUUUCAUUUCCAGCUGUCUUUCUGCUCCUUUUUUCUGGAAACUUUCCUCAACUUAACCUUCAAAUUCAUCUAUUGCAUUUUGUUUUCCUUGCCUCAUUUUAAUAUCUAAGUGCAUUUCUUCGAAUAUUUUCUUUAAUAGCAUUCUAUUGGGUCCACAGUUUCAACAUUUUCUCUCCCUGAAAGUAGUGUUUAUGGGUGUGUGUAUACCACAUAGUGCAUAUACAGUAAUACCUUAGUUCACGAAUGCUUAUGUCUGCAGAUAAUUAAUUUCUUAAAAGUAUUCUGCAGAAUUUUGCUUCCAUUCUUCAUCUGGUGACAAACACAACCACGGUCAUCUUCCCCCAAAUCGUAAAAUCGUUUGUAAAUGGAGAUACCAUUGUGUAUACACACAUUCAUAUGUGUAUUUUUCCUGCUAUAUUCACUGUUGUAGUUUCAUUUUCCUUGUAUAUUUGCUUUGAUCUUUUAUUUUUUCAUGUUACAGAUUUUCCUCAGAAUUUACAGUUAUUGGUGACUUACUGAUGUUUCAGAGCGGAGCAGGGGCCCUUGGGCUGCUUGAUCAUGGCCUAUCUGAGCUGUUUUGUUGAGAAGUUUCCUGAUGUUAGUGUGUUCAGGACUUUGUUUUUGUCCUCGAAACGGUUACUCUUUCAUCCUCUUACUUGGAAGACAACUUGUGUGCUAAGGCCUGCUUAUUUCUAUUCUUGUAACUUCUAACCUUUAAUCCAUCUUAAAGAUGGUCAAGACUAAGCUGCUGGAUUUAGUAUAGUUUCUGUUUUUUGAUAGCUCGCAUUUUUGCCCCUUAGGCUCCCUCAAAGUAUAAGACCUUCAGGGUCUGGGGUGUAGUCAGCGGCACAGUGUCUGCCUGGCCAGUGGGAGGUCCCGAGUUCCACUGUGGCUGCCAAAAAAAAAAAAAAAAGUACAAGAAGUUUCCCUUAGAUUAGUUCAUGAACAAAUCAACUAUUAUAUACUGCUUUUACGCAACUCUUUUUUCCUUUCAUUCUUUCCCCCUCCCUCCUUUCUUUCCUUGCUUCCUUCUUUCUGUUCUUUUUUGAAAACAGGUUGUCACUGUUUGUCCAGGCAGAGCCCAAGACUUGGGAUCCUUCUGCCUCACUCUCCCUCCCUAAAUAACGGGAUUACGGCGUGCACCACCGCGCCUCUAAGAUUACAAUUUAGUUGUAUGUAUCUAUGUUUGUCUACAUGUAUAUUUGUUUACACGCACUGAGAACCUCGUUUGGUAUGGUGCUCUGUACCCCGUGGGUGCUAAAUAAAGGCUUGCUACCACAA